GGCAACAUCGGCACAGCCAUCAGCCUUGCAGACGCCCCGCACCCGGGAGCGCGGCGGGGCUCCGGUGUAGUCCGGAGUUCACCUCCGAGUGCCCCGGGGGCUGAGCUUACCCUUUUUGCGCGCGCGCACGCACACACACACACACACACACACACACACACACACACACACACGCACGCAUCCACUCUCACACGCAUACGACCGAGGCACAAGCGCCUUCCUGGCAGUGACCGUCCGCUGGCGCGGUGGUAGCCAGGUUCGGUCCCUGCCCUUGGUGGCUGCUGGCCCGGAGCACCGCGGCCGGUAGCUGGAGGAGAGCGAUGCGGGGACCCGAGCGGCAGCGCGCACAGUAAUGUGGAUUUACAGUCGUUUCCUUCAGGAACCGUCUGAGACGCCUCAAGUCCCAGUCGCUGGCGGUGCCCGGCGGGGCUGAGCACCUGGCGAGGGGCUGGGGCCCGGCACCUGAGGACACCGCUGAAACUUGCGCCUGGACUUGGGAUUACAAGAGUGGCCUUUCUUCAGCUGGCUCCUAUUCGAUCCACAUAACUUCUGCAUCUGUCAAGGUACACUUUAUGAUUGGCCAUAACAGCAAAGGCUGCUUACAUUAAAGAGAUUUCUCUUCCUAUUUUUCAUGAAACUGAGCUUGCUUAAUCAGAGAUGGAACAAACAGACUGCAAACCCUACCAGCCUUUGUCAAAAGUCAAGCAUGAAAUGGAUCUGACUUACACCAGUUCAUCGGAUGAGAGUGAGGAUGGAAGAAAACCAAGACAGUCAUAUAACUCCAGAGAAACUCUGCAUGAGUAUAGCCAAGAGAUGAGGAUGAAUUACAACAGUCAGAGUAGAAAGAGGAAAGAAGUAGACAAAUCUACUCAAGAGAUGGAAUUUUGUGAGACUCCUCACACCCUGUGCUCUGGCUAUCAGACAGACAUGCAUAGUGUUUCUCGUCAUGGCUACCAGCUAGAAAUGGGAUCUGAUGUGGACACAGAGACAGAAGGCGCUGCUUCACCUGACCACGCACUGAGAAUGUGGAUAAGAGGCAUGAAAUCUGAGCAUAGCUCCUGUCUGUCCAGCCGGGCCAACUCUGCAUUGUCCCUGACUGACACUGACCAUGAACGGAAGUCAGAAGGAGAGAAUGGUUUUAAAUUUUCUCCUGUUUGCUGUGACAUGGAGGCUCAAGCUGGGUCUACUCAAGACGUGCAGAGCAGCCCACACAACCAGUUCACCUUCAGACCCCUCCCACCACCACCACCACCUCCGCAUGCCUGCACCUGUGCCAGGAAGCCACCCCCUACAGCGGACUCUCUUCAGAGGAGAUCAAUGACUACCAGCAGCCAGCCCAGCCCAGCUGCUCCAGCUCCUCCAACCAGUACACAAGAUUCAGUUCAUCUGCAUAACAGCUGGGUUUUGAAUAGCAACAUACCUUUGGAGACCAGGCAUUUCCUGUUCAAACAUGGAUCUGGAUCUUCAGCUAUCUUCAGUGCAGCCAGUCAGAACUACCCACUGACAUCCAACACAGUGUACUCACCCCCUCCCAGGCCACUUCCUCGAAGCACCUUUUCCAGACCUGCCUUUACCUUUAACAAACCGUACAGAUGCUGCAAUUGGAAGUGUACAGCCUUGAGCGCCACAGCUAUCACAGUGACUUUGGCCUUGUUAUUAGCCUAUGUGAUUGCAGUGCAUUUGUUCGGCCUGACUUGGCAGUUGCAACCAGUUGAAGGACAACUCUAUGAAAAUGGAGUUAGCAAGGGCAACAGAGGGACCGAAUCCAUGGAUACUACUUACUCUCCAAUUGGAGGAAAAGUUUCCGAUAAAUCUGAGAAAAAAGUGUUUCAGAAGGGACGGGCAAUAGACACUGGAGAAGUUGAUAUUGGUGCACAGGUCAUGCAGACUAUACCACCUGGAUUGUUCUGGCGUUUCCAGAUUACUAUACACCAUCCUAUAUAUUUGAAGUUCAAUAUUUCUUUAGCCAAGGACUCUCUGCUGGGAAUUUAUGGCAGAAGAAACAUUCCACCUACGCACACUCAGUUUGAUUUUGUAAAAUUAAUGGAUGGAAAACAACUCGUCAAGCAGGACUCUAAGGGAUCUGAUGAUGCCCAGAGCUCCCCUAGGAAUCUAAUUUUAACUUCACUGCAGGAAACAGGUUUCAUAGAGUAUAUGGACCAAGGGCCUUGGUAUCUGGCAUUUUACAAUGAUGGGAAAAAAAUGGAGCAAGUAUUUGUGCUAACUACAGCAAUUGAAAUAAUGGAUGAUUGUUCGACCAAUUGCAAUGGAAAUGGAGAGUGUAUUUCUGGCCAUUGUCAUUGUUUCCCAGGAUUCCUUGGACCUGACUGUGCUAGAGAUUCGUGCCCUGUGCUGUGUGGUGGGAAUGGAGAAUAUGAGAAAGGACACUGUGUCUGCCGGAAUGGCUGGAAGGGGCCAGAGUGUGAUGUUCCAGAAGAGCAGUGCAUUGACCCGACAUGCUUUGGCCACGGCACCUGCAUCAUGGGAGUCUGCAUCUGUGAGCUAGGAUACAAAGGAGAAAUAUGCGAGGAAGAGGACUGCUUAGACCCAAUGUGUUCCAGCCAUGGCAUAUGUGUGAAAGGAGAAUGUCACUGUUCUACUGGGUGGGGAGGAGUCAACUGUGAAACUCCUCUUCCUAUAUGUCAAGAGCAGUGCUCAGGACAUGGAACUUUUCUUCUGGACACUGGAGUGUGCAGCUGUGACCCCAAGUGGACAGGUUCUGACUGCUCAACAGAGCUAUGCACUAUAGACUGUGGUAGCCACGGAGUCUGCUCAAGGGGAAUCUGCCAAUGCGAAGAAGGCUGGGUUGGGCCUACAUGUGAAGAACGCUCAUGCCAUUCUCACUGUGCUGAACACGGCCAAUGCAAAGAUGGGAAAUGUGAAUGCAGCCCUGGAUGGGAAGGCGACCACUGCACAAUUGCUCACUACUUAGAUGCUGUCCGAGAUGGCUGCCCAGGGCUCUGCUUUGGAAAUGGGCGCUGUACCCUGGAUCAAAAUGGUUGGCACUGUGUGUGUCAGGUGGGAUGGAGUGGGACAGGCUGCAAUGUUGUCAUGGAAAUGCUUUGUGGAGAUAACUUGGACAAUGAUGGAGAUGGUUUGACCGACUGUGUGGACCCUGACUGUUGUCAACAAAGCAACUGUUAUGUAAGUCCUCUAUGUCAGGGAUCACCAGACCCUCUUGAUCUCAUUCAACAAAGCCAACCCCUCUUCUCUCAGCAUACUUCAAGACUCUUCUAUGAUCGGAUCAAAUUCCUCAUUGGCAAGGACAGUACUCAUGUCAUUCCUCCAGAGAUCUCAUUUGACAGCAGACGCGCUUGUGUGAUCCGAGGACAAGUGGUGGCUGUAGAUGGAACCCCUCUAGUAGGGGUGAAUGUGAGUUUCUUGCAUCACAGUGACUAUGGGUUUACCAUCAGUCGUCAAGAUGGAAGCUUUGACCUUGUAGCCAUUGGUGGUAUUUCUGUUACUUUACUCUUUGACCGGUCACCAUUCUUAUCUGAGAUGAGGACACUCUGGUUGCCUUGGAAUCAGUUUAUUGUGGUGGAGAAAGUGAUCAUGCAGAGAGUUAUAUCUGAUGCACCUUCCUGUGAUAUCUCCAAUUUUGUCAGCCCAAACCCUAUUGUGCUUCCUUCACCACUCACAUCAUUUGGAGGGUCCUGUCCAGAAAGGGGAACAAUUGUUCCUGAGCUGCAGGUUGUACAGGAGGAGAUCCCUAUUCCUUCCAGUUUUGUGAAGCUGAGUUACCUGAGCAGUCGCACCCCCGGAUAUAAAACCCUUCUCCGGAUCCUUCUGACACAUUCAACCAUUCCAGUGGGCAUAAUAAAAGUGCACCUCACAGUAGCUGUGGAAGGGCGACUGACACAGAAAUGGUUUCCUGCUGCAGUUAAUCUUGUCUACACAUUUGCUUGGAACAAGACCGACAUCUAUGGACAGAAGGUUUGGGGCCUGGCUGAGGCUCUGGUGUCUGUGGGAUAUGAAUAUGAAACAUGCCCUGACUUUAUUCUCUGGGAGAAAAGGACAGUCAUCUUACAAGGUUUUGAAAUGGAUGCUUCGAACCUAGGAGGCUGGUCAUUAAAUAAGCAUCACAUUUUGAAUCCUCAAAGUGGAAUUAUACAUAAAGGGAAUGGAGAAAACAUGUUCAUUUCCCAACAACCCCCAGUUAUAUCAACAAUAAUGGGUAAUGGACACCAAAGGAGUGUAGCCUGCACCAACUGCAAUGGCCCAGCCCACAACAACAAACUCUUCGCUCCUGUUGCCUUAGCUUCUGGCCCUGAUGGUAGUGUGUAUGUUGGUGACUUCAAUUUUGUAAGGCGAAUAUUUCCCUCGGGAAACUCCGUUAGUAUCUUGGAAUUAAGCACAAGUCCUGCUCACAAAUACUACCUGGCUAUGGACCCUAUGUCCGAAUCACUUUAUCUGUCAGACACCAAUACCCGAAAAGUCUACAAAUUAAAAUCUCUUGUGGAAACAAAAGACCUGUCCAGGAAUUUUGAAGUGGUGGCAGGAACAGGUGAUCAGUGUCUUCCCUUUGACCAGAGUCACUGUGGAGAUGGAGGUAGAGCAUCAGAAGCAUCACUGAACAGUCCUCGUGGCAUAACAGUUGAUAGGCAUGGAUUCAUUUACUUUGUGGAUGGGACUAUGAUUCGAAAAAUUGAUGAGAAUGCUGUGAUCACAACUGUAAUCGGUUCAAACGGUCUGACUUCCACACAGCCACUGAGCUGUGACUCAGGAAUGGACAUCACUCAGGUGCGAUUAGAGUGGCCAACGGACCUUGCAGUCAACCCCAUGGACAAUUCAUUGUAUGUCUUGGAUAACAACAUUGUGCUGCAAAUUUCUGAGAACCGGCGUGUGCGGAUCAUUGCAGGGCGUCCCAUUCACUGCCAGGUGCCAGGCAUCGAUCACUUCUUGGUCAGCAAGGUGGCAAUUCACUCCACUCUGGAGUCUGCUAGGGCCAUCAGUGUCUCCCACAGCGGGCUGCUCUUCAUAGCUGAAACAGACGAGAGGAAAGUAAACCGCAUUCAGCAAGUUACCACCAAUGGGGAAAUCUCCAUCAUGGCUGGUGCUCCCACUGACUGUGACUGCAAAAUUGAUCCCAACUGUGACUGUUUCUCAGGUGAUGGUGGCUAUGCCAAAGAUGCAAAGAUGAAAGCACCUUCCUCCUUAGCAGUGUCUCCUGAUGGUACCCUCUAUGUGGCAGACCUUGGGAAUGUUCGAAUUCGUACUAUUAGCAAGAACCAAGCACACCUGAAUGACAUGAACCUUUAUGAAAUUGCCUCACCUGCUGAUCAGGAACUCUACCAGUUCACAGUCAAUGGAACACACCUGCACACCCUGAACUUGAUAACAAGGGACUAUGUGUAUAAUUUCACCUACAAUGCUGAAGGGGACUUGGGGGCAAUUACCAGCAGCAAUGGCAAUUCUGUGCACAUCCGCCGUGAUGCAGGAGGUAUGCCCCUUUGGCUUGUGGUGCCUGGUGGGCAGGUGUACUGGCUGACCAUAAGUAGCAACGGAGUCCUGAAAAGAGUAUCAGCUCAAGGCUAUAAUUUGGCCUUGAUGACCUACCCAGGAAACACAGGACUGCUGUCUACCAAAAGUAAUGAAAAUGGAUGGACAACUGUUUAUGAGUAUGACCCUGAGGGACAUCUGACCAAUGCGACAUUUCCCACGGGCGAGGUCAGCAGUUUCCACAGUGACCUGGAGAAACUGACAAAGGUGGAGCUAGAUACUUCCAACCGGGAAAAUGUCCUCAUGUCAACCAACUUGACAGCUACUAGUACCAUAUAUAUUUUAAAGCAAGAAAAUACCCAGAGUACCUAUCGAGUGAGUCCAGAUGGCUCCUUACGAGUCACCUUUGCCAGCGGCAUGGAGAUCAACCUCAGCUCAGAGCCACACAUCCUGGCUGGGGCAGUCAACCCUACCCUGGGCAAAUGCAACAUCUCCCUGCCUGGAGAGCACAAUGCAAACCUCAUUGAAUGGAGGCAAAGGAAGGAGCAGAACAAAGGCAAUGUCUCUGCUUUUGAAAGGAGGCUAAGGGCUCAUAACAGAAACCUACUAUCCAUAGAUUUUGAUCAUAUAACUCGCACAGGAAAGAUCUAUGAUGAUCACCGGAAAUUCACCCUUCGAAUUCUUUAUGACCAGACUGGACGGCCUGUUCUGUGGUCUCCUGUAAGCAGAUAUAAUGAAGUGAACAUCACAUAUUCACCUUCAGGAUUGGUGACAUUUAUUCAAAGAGGGACAUGGAAUGAAAAAAUGGAGUAUGACCAGAGUGGGAAAAUAAUUUCAAGAACUUGGGCUGAUGGGAAAAUUUGGAGCUACACCUACUUAGAAAAGUCUGUGAUGCUUCUCCUACAUAGCCAGCGACGCUACAUUUUUGAGUAUGACCAAUCGGAUUGUCUGCUCUCAGUCACCAUGCCGAGUAUGGUGCGCCACAGCUUACAGACCAUGCUUUCAGUGGGCUACUACCGGAACAUCUACACCCCACCAGACAGUAGCACUUCUUUUAUCCAAGAUUAUAGCCGAGAUGGCCGACUGCUACAAACCCUGCAUCUGGGGACAGGUCGUAGAGUUCUGUACAAGUACACCAAACAAGCAAGACUGUCUGAGAUUCUCUAUGAUACCACUCAGGUCACAUUAACAUAUGAAGAGUCCUCUGGAGUGAUUAAAACAAUACACCUGAUGUAUGAUGGCUUCAUUUGCACAAUCAGAUACAGGCAAACAGGACCUCUCAUCGGACGCCAGAUUUUCAGAUUUAGUGAAGAGGGCCUUGUGAAUGCACGUUUUGACUACAGCUACAACAACUUCCGUGUCACCAGCAUGCAAGCUGUGAUCAAUGAAACCCCUUUGCCCAUUGAUCUGUACCGAUAUGUUGAUGUCUCUGGUAGAACAGAGCAAUUUGGAAAAUUCAGUGUAAUUAAUUAUGAUUUAAAUCAGGUGAUAACUACUACUGUAAUGAAGCACACCAAGAUCUUCAGUGCCAAUGGCCAAGUUAUUGAAGUCCAAUAUGAAAUUCUAAAGGCCAUAGCCUACUGGAUGACUAUCCAAUAUGAUAAUAUGGGCCGUAUGGUAAUAUGUGACAUAAGGGUAGGAGUAGAUGCCAAUAUAACAAGAUUCUUCUACGAAUAUGAUGCUGAUGGGCAACUUCAAACUGUUUCUGUAAAUGAUAAAACCCAGUGGCGUUAUAGUUAUGAUCUGAAUGGAAAUAUCAACCUCCUGAGCCAUGGGAAUAGUGCCCGUCUUACUCCUCUUCGAUAUGACCUCCGAGACCGCAUCACCAGACUAGGAGAGAUUCAGUAUAAAAUGGAUGAAGACGGCUUUCUGAGGCAGAGGGGGAAUGAUGUCUUUGAAUAUAAUUCUAAUGGUCUGCUGCAGAAAGCCUACAAUAAGGCUUCUGGCUGGACUGUGCAGUAUUACUAUGAUGGGCUCGGGCGACGUGUGGCCAGUAAGUCGAGCCUGGGGCAGCACCUCCAGUUCUUUUAUGCAGACCUUGCCAAUCCCAUCCGAGUGACCCAUUUGUACAACCACACGAGCUCUGAGAUUACAUCUCUGUAUUAUGAUCUCCAAGGCCACCUUAUUGCCAUGGAGCUCAGCAGUGGUGAAGAAUAUUACGUAGCCUGUGAUAACACAGGCACCCCACUAGCUGUGUUUAGCAGUCGAGGUCAGGUGAUAAAGGAGAUAUUGUACACACCAUAUGGAGAUAUCUAUCAUGACACUUACCCUGACUUUCAGGUCCUCAUUGGUUUUCAUGGAGGACUCUAUGAUUUCCUUACUAAAUUAGUGCACCUGGGACAAAGGGAUUAUGAUGUUGUAGCUGGGAGAUGGACGACGCCUGAUCAUCACAUAUGGAAACAGCUGAACCUUCUUCCUAAACCGUUCAACCUCUACUCCUUUGAAAAUAAUUACCCAGUUGGCAAAAUUCAAGAUGUGGCAAAAUAUACCACAGACAUUGGAAGCUGGCUAGAGCUCUUUGGUUUCCAGUUGCAUAAUGUUCUACCUGGAUUUCCCAAACCAGAAUUAGAAGAUUUAGAAUUAACUCACGAACUUCUACAGCUUCAGGCAAAAACUCAGGAGUGGGAUCCUGGGAAGACUAUCCUGGGUAUUCAAUGUGAGCUCCAGAAGCAGCUUAGGAAUUUCAUUUCCUUAGACCAACUUCCUAUGACUCCCCGAUACAAUGAUGGACGGUGCCUUGAAGGAGGAAAGCAACCAAGAUUUGCUGCUGUUCCUUCAGUGUUUGGAAAAGGUAUAAAAUUUGCCAUCAAGGAUGGCAUAGUAACAGCUGAUAUUAUAGGUGUAGCCAAUGAAGAUAGCAGGCGGCUGGCUGCUAUUCUCAAUAAUGCACAUUACCUGGAAAACCUCCAUUUUACCAUAGAGGGGAGGGACACUCAUUACUUUAUUAAGCUUGGGUCUCUGGAGGAAGAUCUGGUGCUCAUAGGUAACACUGGGGGGAGGCGGAUUCUAGAGAAUGGUGUCAAUGUCACUGUGUCACAGAUGACUUCUGUGUUGAAUGGGAGGACUAGACGGUUUGCAGAUAUCCAACUCCAGCAUGGGGCUCUGUGCUUCAACAUCCGGUAUGGAACAACUGUCGAAGAGGAGAAGAAUCACGUGCUAGAGAUCGCCAGACAACGUGCUGUGGCCCAGGCCUGGACUAAGGAACAGAGAAGACUGCAAGAAGGGGAAGAGGGGAUUCGGGCAUGGACAGAGGGGGAAAAGCAACAGCUUCUGAGCUCUGGGCGGGUACAAGGUUAUGAUGGGUAUUUUGUUUUGUCUGUUGAGCAGUAUUUAGAACUUUCUGACAGUGCCAACAACAUCCACUUUAUGAGACAGAGCGAAAUAGGCAGGAGGUAACAAAAAAAUCUCUGCCAUUGCGUCACCAAAGACUGCCUGUUUUUAAAACAUAAAAUGGUUUAUUGUAUUGGUUUUCUAGAUCAGAACUCUGUAUAUGUAAAUAUGGAGGAAAAACAUAUCCAACUGCCUUUCAAUGUGACGGAAGAUGGUAUUUUAAUAUUGUUUAUUUGAACUCUUUAAGAACUGACAGAUUUUUAGUUCUUGUGUGGCAGUAUUCAAAAUAACACAAGUAGAACUCAAACAGCUUAAACAAAAAAUUUUUAAAAAGCACCACUUUCAAUUUGCUGAGCCAUGCGUAUGUUCAAAUAUCAACGAAGAACCCAAGGUUCUCUGUUUCUAUUGUGACAUAUUUCCUAGUUGGCAGAACUUGCAGGUGAUUUGAAAAAGGUGGUGCAAGAGUGUCUGAACCUUGCAUUUCAAAAGACUGCCAGCACUUUCACAUUUACCAGAUCUGUUACAGGAAAUGGAAAAAAGUGUAAAAUGUCCUCAGCCACCAUCUCCUAGGGUCAGGACCCAUUUGCUCUUCCUCCUUGAUUUUUCCUCCUUGCUUGUUCAAGUAAAUGCCAUGUUGUUGUGCUGUGUUUUGGUGUGUGGUGGCUGCCUUCUGUCUACCAUGAUGCCCUGGUGGUGUGGAGACCAGAUGACUUGCCACUAUUUACAUAUGUGUACAUGAUACCAAAGGCAGCUGGCCGAUGUAACUUUUCCCACACACCCAAUUUUGACUCCUUUUUUUAAAAAAACCCAGUUGUCCAGCUCUGUUGGUGUCAUGUAAGCAUAGCUUUUCUUAACCUGGGUAAGAACUUCUCAUUAAUAUAUAGGGUGUGUUUUGGUCAUAGUUUCACAUUAGUGGUUCAGUAUUUAUACACUAUUCUAAUGGUUUUGUGCACAUGAAAGGUAAUUUCCUGCAAAGUCUGAUUCUGGUACAAAAAAAAGAGGUUUCAACAGGCACACAUGCCUGUAAUGCCAAUAAAUUACUGCAGAAAUUCAGAAGAGCCAAGACCACCCCCCCAAAAAAAUAAUAAAACAGGCCUAAUACUAGCAAGACAGGAAAUUACCAAAGGGAAUACCAAACCAAACACCACAGUAGUUGCUAUGAGUCAUGUUGAUUGACCCCACUUAGAGUUAUCUUUCAAAAUGUACAUUUCUAUAUUGAACACAUCCUACUUAUAGUCAGGAAAUUAAGUGAACCCUUCCUAACCUAAACAUUUCAACUGAUUAUACAGAGGCAGGGUUUUUUUUUUCUCUAACAUAAUAUAUAUGGUUAGUUAUCUUUAGUUCUCUAGCUUUACCCUCUUUCUUAUGUAAUUACCUCUCUUGCUUAGGAAAAUAACAAUUUUCCUGAAAGGGUUGUUUUGUUCUAUGAUCAUUUGAAACUGGGGCGGGAGGAAGAAGAUCAGGAUCAGCAUUAAUAUCAGCUGCAGUUUCUCAAUCUCUAUGAAUCCUGUAGUAAAAGAAGCUCCUUAGUGAGCUGGGCGAUUUUGUGUCCAGUGACAAAGAUACAGUUUUUGAAAUACUGUGUAAUUGUAAGUUACCACAAAUGAAAAGAUAUGCCAGCAACAUGUGGCUUGUAGAAAAUUCCACUUUGCCAGCUUCAGCACUUUCAUCAUCAAGUCUGGACAUUUGUUAUGACUGACGGAGAAUUUAGGAUAGAAUGUUACUAUUUGAAUUCUUGCCAGCUACUACCUAAAUGCAGUGUGGGGUCAUUCCCUUGCUUUGCGAUGACAGUUCCUUUGAAAACAUGCAGUCAGAACCUAGACUCAUCUUAAGGCUUUUAAAGAGCUUGACUCCUACCAUGUUUAGCAGAGUGAGGCAAUGGCAAGUGCCCACAGACAGUAAGGGUGAGUGUAUUCAAAUGUUUCAUUUUCAAGACGUUCACAUUGGGAUUACUAUAUUCUUACACAUAUAUUCUAAGAGGGAAUUCAUGAUGAACUCACCUCUCUUUUUAAAUGGAAGCACACCAGCUCAAGAGAUUACUUAACGCAGACUACAAUCAUAAGAUUGUUUCUUUUUCUUUUUUUUUCCUGAGUCAUGCCUAUGUUAAUGGUACAGUGUUUAUUCAUGAUGGAAUUCCAAAAUUACUAACAAACUUGUUGAAAAUUUGAAUACCUCCACACUAGCCUAAAAAUGGACCUUAAGUUCCUAGAACCUCUGAUGUUCUUUUAAAACAAUGAAAACCUAAUUUGUGAACUGUAUAUAUAAAGUGCAUUCACAAAUGUGAUGAUGUAUUUUAUCACUAAUCCAAGAUAACAAUAUUAGAGUCUAUUUUGCUUAUAUUUUAAGUGAUUAUACUUUUUGCAACUCACUAAUGAGGUAUCAUUUUCAGACUGUUUUAAAUACCCAUUAGCAACAAAUAUUUGAGGCUUUUACUUAACAGUAAUUACCUUGAACUGUGCAUUUCUAGUUUGUAAUACACUUUUAUUUAGUUUGUGCCUUUAGUUUCUUAAAUUUAUAUUUGUAUUAUAUUCAGGAAAUGCACUUUUUAUCACUUAUAGUUGUGGUUUUAAUACUGCCUUGAAAUUUUACCGUACUCUACCACUUCCAAAAUUUUGGGGAGGAACUAGAAAAACAACCAAACUGUUAGCACUGAAGACUAACAUUUUGGCAUUUCUUAAUAAGAACAUGAAGACUGAGUACAUCACUUUCUAUUCAGCUAUAUAUAAAGAAUGCCUUCACAGGCUUGUAGUUCUGGAGUUUAAAUUAACAAAAGAAUGUUUCAUGUGCGUUUCCUCAUGAAAAAAAUAUGUUUUAAAGAGAACUAUGUGAAUUUCUCAUUUUCAGAAGACAGCUGGCUAACACUGUUCAGCCACACACAACUCAAGUCAGUUCGAGUGAGAGCAUAGUAGUUGGGCUCUCUGCUAAAGAACAUUCUGGGCUGAAGGCAAGGAAUGCUUCAAUGUUGUUUCUUUUUCCUUGUUAGGCCCAUUUUAUUUGUGCUUUUUUGUUAUGUUUUGUUUUGGUUUUACUCUUGCACUACAGUCUAGAGAGCCAAAUGAUCUGAAAAGUUCACUUUAACAUAGUUAAAUAUAUUUAUUUUUAGUUGUCAGCCUGAUCAUUAUUAAUUAGAAGCAUGACUCCCUAAAGAAAGGGAAAAUUCAUGCUAAAGCCCAAUUCAUGCUAAUUUUUAGAUAACAAUCACCAUACAAAUAGGCAUAUGUUUUAUUUUUGACCCAGCAAAAAUGAUGUAUAAAAUAAAUGUUCCUUUACUGUCCAUUUAACUAGAUGAUCUAGAAUAUAUAGACUAUAUAUAUAUAUAUGUAACAUGAUAUAAACAGCAUAGCCAAAUGUAUGAAUACUUGACAAUGUAUAAUUUGGAAUUCACUUGAUAAUUACAUAGAGAGGUAUAAUACUAAAUUAUAAUUUCUUAAGAUUAUAUUUUCAUUACCGUUGACACCAAUUCAAGGAUUUUACCAUGUUGCUUCAGUUCUUUUUUCUUUUAUUUCUAAAAAUAUAUAUAUUUUUAACCAGACCAGGCCCCACUGUACUAUCACCUGAGAGUCAGGGCAAAGUUUUUACAUUUAUAAAGAUAUGUUCCUGUCAGGGCAAUUUCAGUUAAGUUCAGUGAUGAUGGAAGAAAAGGAAAGCAAUCAAGUACUGAAAGAAACUUUUGGAGAGAUUGGAGUGUAUUAUAGAUUGUGGAAAAACUAAUCUACAGAUUGAAUGCAACAUUCUCAUUUUCUUGAAGGAACUCACAUACACAUAGCUGACCUGGCCUUCAGAUCUCAGACUGCUCUUCCACAGCCUUCUGUAAGUUUCUUUAUUCUGCAGACAAAAACAAAACAAAAAAAGUUAAAAAAAAAAACUUUAAAAAAGCAAAACAAAAAAAAAACAGAAAAUAACAAACAAGAAAAAAAAUUCAACCACAAAAUAGUGACUGUUAUUUCAGUGUGUCCUUCAUGUGAAAGCUCUUAAGGACCAAAUAUACUACUGUGUGUAAGAAGAAAUUACUUCCUAAACAGUAACUGAAAAUAGUUAGAGUUAAACUUGCUGUGGAUUUUGUCUUGGCAGUUGUCAUCUUACAUUAUUUGUCAAAGGAAAUGUGUUUGGCAGUUAAAAAUCUUUCCUUAGAUUUAGUGGUGGACUUUAACCUCUUAAAUAAAUGUUAGUAUAUCAGAUUGUGUCCUUGAAAAAUAUUUUACUUGUAUGAAUCAUGACAAUGUCUAAAUCUUUGCUAUUCUUCUGGCAAAAGCAUCAGUAAGAGGGAAGGUGAAAGAGAGAAGUGUAGUCUUUACGUCAGAAAAAUAUUCUUUUUAGCUGCUUACUUUCUCAUGAAAAGUAAAGAUGUUUACAGUGUAUGCCAAGAUUUUCGGUUUCUAUAUAACAACAGUUAGAGGUUCUAAUCAUACUGAAAAUUGUGUUAAAAUGGCCUGAGCCAUGUUGCUAGGAAAUAAUAGGUUCCAAUUUUGUAUUUCUGCUCUCACUCCUGUGCUGAAAAGUGACUGGAUACUGUACAGGUUCAUGUUCUCUGGCUGCAGUUAAAUGGUCUUUUGCAUUUUGCUCUGGCUUUCAGGCCAGAAGCAUGCAUUUUUCUACAAGAGCAUCACAACAACAUGCUGUAAAUAUUUAAAGUUAAACAUUAUGUGUCGAUAUUUGAAAGAAAAGGUACUUUGAAUAUUUCAUUUUUAAAAAAUAAAAUUGCAAAUGAA